UAAAAGAAAGGGAUAAGAAGCAAAAAGAGAAGAAGAAGCACAAAAUAAUGAAUGAAAUCAAGAAAGAAAACGGGGAGGUCAAAUUAUUGCAGAAAGGUGGGAAGGAGAAACCAAAAACCAAUGCAGAGGAGCUACAGAUUAAAAAAGUUAAGAAGAAAAAGAAAAAGAAACAUAAAGAGAAUGAAAAAAGGAAGCGUCCAAAAAUGUACAGCAAAUCCAUUCAGACCAUCUGCUCAGGAUUGGUUUCUGAUGUUGAGGAUCAGGAAGCCAAAGGCAUCAUAGAUGAUCAUCUUAAGGAUUUCAAUGGGAAAAAUAUGGAUCCCAAGAAGGACUAUGAGUCCAAGAUACCAGAGAACAUGAAAAUGGAGAUUUUGGGAAAGAAAGAUAUAGAGACAACGACAAUGUCAAAUUUUCAUGCUCAGGUAAAAAGAACAUACUCUCAUGGUACUUAUAGAGCUGGCCCAAUGAGACAGAUCAGCCUAGUUGGAGCAGUUGAUGAGGAAGUGGGGGAUUACUUUCCUGAAUUCCUUGAUAUGUUGGAAGAAUCACCUUUCUUAAAAUGUACACUGCCGUGGGGAACACUUUCUAGUUUAAAAUUAGAGAGUCGUAAAGACAGUGAUGAUGGUCCCAUCAUGUGGGUGCGUCCAGGAGAACAGAUGAUCCCUGUGGCUGACAUGCCAAAGUCACCUUUCAAAAGGAAGAGAACUACCAAUGAAAUAAAAAACUUGCAGUACCUACCUCGAACCAGUGAGCCCCGUGAAAUGCUCUUUGAAGACCGGACACGAGCCCAUGCAGAUCACAUAGGACAAGGUUUUGAACGGCAGACUACAGCUGCUGUGGGAGUGCUGAAGGCUGUGCACUGUGGAGAGUGCUCUCCAGUGAACACAAAUACCCUCAUAAAGGGAUGUUAUGGAGGAUGCAGGUCUGAGCAGCCUCGUAUAACCAAAGAUGUAAUUUGUUUUCACGCUGAAGACUUCUUAGAGGUUGUUCAGCGAAUGCAGUUAGAUUUGCACGAGCCCCCACUCUCACAGUGUGUCCAGUGGGUUGAUGAUGCAAAACUUAAUCAACUGCGAAGGGAAGGCAUUCGAUAUGCCAGAAUUCAAUUAUUUGAUAAUGACAUUUAUUUUAUUCCGAGGAAUGUCGUACACCAGUUCAAAACAGUUUCAGCUGUAUGCAGCUUGGCUUGGCACAUCCGACUCAAGCUGUAUCAUUCAGAGGAGGAACUUUCUCAAAAUACGAGUACUCUCGAAGCAGGAACAUCUGCAGACCCCAAGUCUUCGGUUAUUGGACUUCAGACAGACAGCAGAAUUUGUACAAGCAAAAAUACCUCCGGAGACACCAAAUUUUCAGAUGCUCUGCAGACAAAGUAUCUGCAGCAGGAACUUACAUCAAUAAAACAUGAACCUAUUGCAUCUCACCGAAUAAAGGAAGAAUCCAUGAAUGUUGAUCUGGCUGGAAAGACAGUGGCACCUAAUGACACGGAGGGUCAGAAUGUUCAGACCAGACUGGAUCACACUGAACUGACACCAUUUAAGUUUGAAGCGGAUUCUAAACUUGAACCUGGCAACAAGGACAUAAAAGACAAGUUAUGCCCCGGAAGUCACAUACACCCGGAUGAUACUAGACAACACAGUUCGUCAUAUCCAAAUCUGCAUGGACAAAGAGAGGAUGACUUUUUGUGCUAAAUUUGUAUAUAUGGUUUUAAAUUCCUUUUUAAACUUAAUGACGUAAUAAUGUAAAGAUUCAUAAAUUCUGUGGGGCAAGUUUGUGACUUGCCUUCGCAUCUGUUACAGAAAAUAGUUAUGUAGCUUUGUAACAUUCCUCAGUGCCUGUCCAUAACUGUGAAGUAUCAAAGCACUUAGGGCCAGAUGCACUGUAAACACUGCAGGUUUAACAUAAAGAAGUCUUUAAAUGAUUUUGAGUUGUAGGUUUAGAGUAGAGCUGACAUUUAACAUAUAUAUUUUUUGUAAGAUGAGCCAGAAUUCUUUUUGACAAUUCCAGGCUUUUCCAUAGAGCUUAUUUAUACCAAUUUUUUCAUUUUAAAUGUGUCAGCACUGUAGUGUAAAUAUCUUUUUUAAAAAUCUUUUUAGUGUGAUUUAUACUGAAAUGUGAGCCGCUUAAUAAAGGUUCAUAAUAACAAAUUGGUUUUAUUUUUGGGUCUGCAAAAAAAAAAAAAAAAGUUCAGUUAAGCUGCCUCUUUAAAUGGUUACGUUUCUACCUGCACUAAUGCAUAGGAUGCCCUUACCCCAUUCCGGAGUGAGGCGCUGUAGCAAACCAAGGUAGAGCUGAGGCAUUCCUUGUAAAUUGAGAAUAUUCAGAGUGAGAAAUCAGCCCUCCCUUUGCCAGAUUUCUU